AUGCCUCGCAAGGGUCAGAAACGCAAGAAGACGCGCACGCACGUCAAGGCGCCUGCCGCGACCGACCCGAAUGCGCCAAAGGUCCCCAAGUCGUUCGUCGUCAAGAGCGGCGCUGUGGGCGGAAGUGUCGGGCAGCUCACGAAGGAUGUCAGGAGGGUUCUCGAGCCCAACACGGCUACCAGGCUCAGGGAACGGAAAUCCAACCGACUGCGCGACUUCGUCUCCAUGUCCGGGCCCCUCGGCGUUACCCACUUGAUGGUCUUCUCCCAGCCUCCCGCGACGGACGCUCCUCUCCCCGCACCCUCGACCUCCGAGACGAAAGAGACGGCGGCAGAACGGGCAGAGCGUUCGUUGAUCGAGGGAACGACGACGGUCAACUUGCGGUUGAUCAGGUUGCCGAGGGGUCCGACGCUCAACUUCAAGGUGUUGCGGUACAGCUUGGCGAGCGAUGUGUUGCGGAUGGCGAGGAGGCCCAGGAGUGUUGGACGCGAGUUUGCCGAGGCUCCCUUGCUCAUCCUCUCCGGCUUUGGCGGUGAGGACAAGCAGCUCAAGCUCAUGACGACCGUCUUCCAGAACCUCUUCCCUCCCAUCCACGUCCAGACUAUGGCCCUCUCUUCCGCCCGCCGAGUCGUCCUCCUCUCCUACAACUCGACCACCCACACGAUCGACUUCCGGCACUACAUGAUCCAAGUCCGGCCCGUCGGCGUCUCGAAGCCUAUCCGGAAGAUCAUCGCCGGCUCGACGAACAAUAAGGUUGUUCCUCUCUCCCGCAAGCGGCCUCUGAGCGGGGGCGCGACGUCCGAGAGCGAGGCGACGGACGACGAUGCGGAUCGGGUUAUUGCACCUCGUCCCAAGCCUAGCAAGACCAAGGCCAAGGGCGUGUUGGAUCUCAGCCGGGCAGAGGACAUCUCGGACUACAUCCUCCGCCAGGAACAGAUGGGAUUCGUCACUUCUGACUCUGAGAUGAGCGACAUGUCGGAUGCUGAAUCGUCUCACGGCGGUGGAGGGGGAAUGAGCGGCGGAAGCGACUCGGAGCAGGACGAGAAGAAGGGCAAGGUCAGGCUUGCGAGCGACUAUGUUGGACGCGGCAACAGGGGAAAGGGCGUCAGAGGCGAGAAACGUGCGGUCAGGCUUGUUGAGUUGGGACCGAGGAUGGAGUUGGGAUUGGUCAAGAUCGAGGAGGGAGUCGGGGAGGGAGAGGUUCUCUUCCACGAGAUGGUCCACAAGUCGAACCGCGAAGCCGCCGAACUCGCCAAAGUCCACGCCGCACGGCGCAAACUCGCUGCCGAGCGACGGGCGCAGCAAGAGGCGAAUGUUGCUGCGAAGAAGGCUGCGCAAGGGAAGGGCAAGGCGCGUGCAGAGGGCGACGAGGACGAGGAAGACGCAGAGCAGGAGCCGGAGAUUGAUGACGAGGAGGCCGAGGAGGUGUAUGCGCGCGAGCAUGGGUUGCAGGGAGGGGAGGAUGACGACGAGUUGCUCGAUGACGACUCGGAUGAGGAUGAGGAUGACGACGAGGAGGAGGGCGAAGACGGCGACGACGUGCAGAUGGCGCCCGACUCGGACGCUGACGACUUCAGCGACGAGGAGGCGUCGUGGGACGAGGAAGACGACGACUCCGACACGACCCCCAUUCCCGUCUCUCAAGCACACCUCGUCAACGAGCUCCUUCCCCGCCAGCCGCCGAAGAAGAAGGCCCGUGUCGGUCCCGCCUCGUUCUCGACGAAGCAGUUCAAGCGGAUCGACAAGGACCAGGUCCGCCAGGCUCUUCCCGCUCGCGGCAUCUCGCUGCAGCGUGGACCGACAAAGAAGGAGCGCAAGAGGCAGGAGGAGCAGGAGAAGAAGCGGAAUCGUGGGCAGAAGAAGGAGGGAGGAGCGCGGUACGAGGACAACCACCCCGAGGAGAAGGACAAGGGUCGCGCAUCGUCUGGGCGUGGAGGGCGCGGCGGUGGACGAGGAGGACGGGGUGGAGCUGGACGAGGGCGUGGAAGGGGACGGUAG